AAAUAAGUUGUGAAGUAUACGGACGCCCCCAAGAAGGAGUGUCAGGAAGGGAACGUUGGAUGUGGUGUUACCAUGUCAGGUAUGUUGUAGCGGUUGCAAGAGUCCACGGACACCAGAACCUCUCGUGAAGAGCCGGAAGCAUUACAAUAUCCAGCGUCACCAUCGAGAAUUCAUAGCGACGGGCUUUUCGGUCACAAACUGAGGACUACAACGAAUUCUUCUGUGCCCACAGGGCCCUUUCUUCGCCUUUGUCUCUGCAUGGCCCUUGCGGCAUAGAAAUAGGUCGCAACCCUUGCCCCAGUGUUCCCCCGGCAAGGCUGCUUCAUCCACAGGUUUCGGCCACUAUUUCUCAGUCUCUUCAAGAUUUGUUACAUAGAUAGAUCGGAGCAGAGCUCACCUUCUUUUUACUUUCGCGUUUACACCCAUUUUCUUAACAUUAGCUACCAGAUUAUUCCCUUUGUCCAUACCCACGUUCUUCAGCAGUAGUGUUCAAGUCAUACCAAAAAUCUUUCGCAUUCCACUAUGAAGAACCUAUUCUUUCUUCUUUCAUGUCUAGCCACAUUUGAUGCCCGAAUAAUUAUAGAUGAAACCGUAUAUGCCCCUGGUCGCUUAGCUCGUAGACGGUUGAACAUGGAGCACCAAUCGGCUGUAAAUAAACUCUCCGGGUUAAAAGAUUGUCCUGGAAGCGUGUGCGGCACUUUUGCUGGACAAGCCAUCGCACCGUUAUUGGCUGCCAGCGAUCAAUGCGCCCAGCAGGACAUGGCCGAUAAAAUCAUCGAUGCUGCAAAAGACCCUUCCAGCGGUGUCACGUCAAAAGAGACUCGUGAAGAGAUGAUCAAAAUAGCCAUUGAAUAUCGUCAGGCUGAGAAAAAUACACAUCCGAUCUACCCUCAAUUGAUCCCACGCAAUUCGGUAUAUUGCCAGAAAGCUCCCAAGAAUAGUGAGCUGAAAGGAUUGGUUCAAAAGCAAGAUCCGGCCAACGGCCCGCUGCUAUUCUUCGAUCACUUGGUCACCACCAAUGGAAGCACCGUCCUUUUAGAUAGCCAGCCCAACACUCGACCGUUUGGUGAAAAACCCGGAACCAAACCUGGACUUGGCGCCAGUGGCAGUGGCGCAUCCCCAACCGACCCGAAAACCACCUCCUCGACUGAGGCCGAUCCGUCCGGGAACGCCAAGCAGUCUGACACUGGGUCUGGAGGCAGUACCAAUACUACACCCAGCCUGAAAACUACCUCCGGCGAUGCCAGUCCUCAGAAAUCCGAAACUGAUACCGGCUCGUCCACCAAUCCCAAAAGCACCGCUGGUGAUGCCAAUUCGCAGAAAUCUGAAACUGAUACCGGCUCGUCCACCAAUCCCAAAAGCACCGCCGGCGAUGUCAGUCCUCAGAAAUCCGAAACUGAUACCGGCUCGUCCACCAAUCCCAAAAGCACCGCCGGUGAUGCCAAUCCGCAGAAAUCUGAAACUGAUACCGGCUCGUCCACCAACCCCAAAAGCACCGCCGGUGAUGCCGAUCCGCAGAAAUCUGAAACUGAUACUGGCUCGUCCACCAACCCCAAAAGCACCUCCGGUGAUGCUGAUCCUAAAAAAUCGACCACAGCUAAUGGCUCGUCUUCCGAGGAAAACGAAGAGGAUGACUCUUGCGGCGGAUCAGGUGAUGACCAGAGUGACAACAAGCAAGAGGAUAAGUCCUCAUCUAACAACCUCAAAGAUACCACUUCGGGGGCUGGCGGUAGCAAUGGAGGCAAUGGAGGAGAAGCCACCGAAAACGGCAACAAGCAAGAUUCAACGUCCCCGACCUUGAAAGAUGCAACCGCGACCGCUGACGACAACAACGGUGACACUGGCAGUCAAAACACUGAAAAGACCGAUUCCACAUCCACAGGAACUAAAACCACAGGAAAUGACAACUCCAAUGUGAGCGACGCCACUGGAAAAGGCACCGGGGGUUCAACGACGUCUUCAUCUAGCAACCUCAAAGAUACCACUUCCGGGGCUGACGGUAGCAAUGGAGGCAACGGAGGAGACUCCGGCAACAGGCAAGAUUCCGCGUCCCCGAGCUUGAAAGAUGCAACCACGACCGCUGGCGACAACAACGGUGACACUGGCAGUCAAAACACUGAAAAGACCGAUUCCACAUCCACAGGAACUAAAACCACAGGAACUAAAACCACAGGAAAUGUCAACUCCAAUGAGAGCGACGCCACUGGAAAAGGCACCGAGAGUUCAACGACGAAAUCUCUAACAACGAGCGGCGGUGAGGACGGAGGGGGCGGAGGCGGUAAUACUGGAAAUGGUGAAAAGCAAGAUUCAACAACGCCGAGCUUGAAAGAUACAACCACGAGCGCUACCGACAACAAUGGCGGAACCGGCGGCGAAAACACCGCAAAGACCGAUUCAACAUCAAAUAAAACCACGGACACCGGUAACGGAAGCGGUGAUAGUGGCGACAAGAAAGGGGGCACGUCGUCAAAUGGUAGCACCGGCUUGAAAGACACCAGCUCGCAACCUGAUAACAAGCCUGAGGAUGAUACAGGUGACAGUGGUUGUGGGGGCGAAGACGACGAUGAAACUGACACAUCGACUACCAAAUCGUCCAGCACCUCAAGUGCAAACACCGACGCAAACCCUCAAGGUUCUAAGACGACCUCCAGCAGUCUCACUACAUCAUCGACUGGAGACCAAACUCCAAGCUCGCCUGGUAGUGACCCCAAAUUGAAAGACGCCGGCAGUUCAACAUCUGGCAACCCAACACCCGACACCGGAACGUCAGCAGAUGCCCAACAAGUUGUUAUAGCAAUCUUGGGUCAUCAACUUGACGUGACCAAAAUCCCCAACAAAGAUUGUCAUGAUUACAGAAUUGAAUUUGGUUCGGGAUUCAAAGGUCGCGAAGCAAAAGAUGUAGCUUACCAGCCACUUCAACCAAUCUUCGAACAUGGCGCUGCAUUAAACAUGGCGAUCAUCACAAGAUCCAUGUGCGACAGCCUCCACAACAAAUGCGGUGUGUCACAGUCAUCUCCGGAGGAAAGCCUUUUCAAGGAUUGCAUCCUGUUUUCCGACGGCAUAAAAAGAGUUGUCAACAAUGGCACAAUGGCUGAUGCAUGGAAUUUCCUAUGGGGCUUCCAUACCAACUACGCAGCCCAAAAGGCCACCGGUGAAGGCACAGGAGGAAAGGGCGACGGGAAGCCUCAGACUGAGAAAUCCGGCAGCAGCACUUCCUCCUCCUCCCCCACUCCUCCUUCUGCCACGCAGCCACCAAACGACAAUUCUAAUAAGGGAGCUGGCGGCGCGACUCAGAAUGGAAACACGAACCAGAUGGGAAUGGAUCAAAACGGAAAUAUGCAGCAAAACAUGAACCAGAAUCAGCCUCAGAGCACGGAUCCGAACAUGAGCCAACAAAACAUGAACCAGAAUCAGCCUCAAAGCACGGAUCCAAACAUGAGCAUGAACCAGCAAGGCAUGAACCAGAACAUGAACCCAGCACCCGCAGCCGACACCGGACCUCCAGUCGAUCCCAAAGCUAUUGUUGAUAAACUCUUGGGUCGUCAAAUUGAUGUGACCAAAAUCCCCAACAAAGAUUGUCACGAUUACCGAAUCGAAUUUGGUUCGGGAUUCAAAGGUCGCGAAGCAAAAGAUGUAGCUUACCAGCCACUUCAACCAAUCUUCGGCCAUGGCGCUGCAUUAAACAUGGCAAUCAUCACAAGGUCUAUGUGCGACAGCCUCCACAACAAAUGCGGCGUGUCACAAACAUCUCCAGAGGAAAGCCUUUUCAAAGAUUGCAUCACGUUUUCCGACCGCAUGGGCAAAGUCGUCAACAAUGGCUCAAUGGCUGAUGGAUGGAAUUUGCUAUGGGGCUUCCAUACCAGCUACGCAACCCAAAAGGCCGCCGGUGAAGGUACAGGAGGAAAGGGCGACGGGAAGCCUCAGAUUGAGAAAUCAGACAGCAACACGUCCUCCUCUCCCACUCCUCCUUCUGCCACGCAGCCACCGAACGACAAUUCUAAUAAGGGAGCAGGUGGCGGGACUCAGAACGGAAACACAAAUCAGAUGGGAAUGGAUCAGAAUGGAAACAUGCAGCAAAACAUGAACCAGAACCAGCCUCAAAGUACGGAUCCGAACAUGAGCCAACAAAACAUGAACCAGAACAUGAACCAGCAGGGCAUGAACCAGGACAUGAACCAGCAGGGCAUGAACCAGAACAUGAAUCAGAACCCUGGUGGGGACCAGAAGCAGGGAGGCAAGUAA